GGUGUACGGAUCCAUGAGGGAAAGGAAAGGAUGUGGACCAAGAUUACAGGUCUGAGUGAGAAUAUCUGACUGAAACUACAAAUCCACAGAGGAGAGAGAGGGCAGUUCAGAGUUAAAGGUUAGGAGAAGAUCCUUGUGCACAAUGUCAGACUCCUCGACAUUUUCCCCCAGCAGCAGGUCUCAAACAUCAACCCCCCAGGCCAACCUACACACCUGUGAGCCCCGUGAGACCUCCUGUCAACAGAUGGAAGAAUCACGGCAGGGGACCAGCACCUUCAGCCUGAGGACUGCAGCUGUGAACAGGAACAGUUCAGGGUCAGGACCAGCACCGGGGCGUGGCCCCGCUGAAUCUGACAACCUCCACCUGUACCGCCGACAGUUCAGCGAUGGAGCAGUGUCGGAUGCAGGGUGUCUCCAACAGUGCUCUUCUUCCUUCAGCUGUCUGCAGGAGGGGUUCAGCCCGGACACUUGUUCAUACAGCUCCAGCAGCGAGGCACCACCACCCUGGGACCAAUACAACAUCAGCAUUCAGAGUUCGUACCCAGAGCUACCAGCCGGGUCAGGGGCGCCUUCCUGCUUCCUGUCUCAAAGCUAUCCAUCCUACUGCUCAUCGAGCCCUAUACAACCGGUCUCAUCUAGACUGUACUCUAAUAAUGACCAGACCAACAGCUCAAAAUAUUCUCUCCAAAGUCUCCCCACUCAAUCUCCCCAGGAGAGCACCACACAGCCUCUCUUUCCCAAGCCCAUUUACUCGUACAGUAUCUUGAUCUUCAUGGCUCUGAAGAGCAGUAAAACAGGAAGUCUGCCAGUCAGUGAGAUCUACAGCUUCAUGACUGAACACUUCCCAUAUUUCAAGACAGCUCCUGAUGGGUGGAAGAACUCAGUGCGUCACAACCUCUCCCUGAACAAAUGCUUUGAGAAGGUGGAGAACAAAAAUGGAACAUCGUCUCGUAAAGGCUGUCUGUGGGCACUCAAUCCCGCCAAGGUGGAGAAGAUGCAGGAGGAGUUGCACAAGUGGCGACGCAAAGACCCCAUCACUGUUCGCAGGAGCAUGGCGAGGCCAGAAGACCUCAAUCGUUUACUGGGAGAAAGACCGGACAAGCUCAGGUCUUUGCCACCUUACACCAGCCCAGCCCUCUCAUCCAGAGUAUCCCCAGUCUACGGCACCACUUCGUCAUCUUGCAGCCCAGCGCAGCUUCGAUCACCCUGCCAACCCAUUCGGCGCCCACAGUAUGCCCAUAUUCAGCCUCAGCAACCCUGCUACCUUCCCCCCGCUGCAGCUCACCCCAGCAACUCAUUCACCCUGUCCUCACCCUGUGGACACCCACCUGCAGCAGGCUUCCCAUCAGGAGGCCUGAACUCCCCCAUGGCUGGGAAGAUGCCACCAGUUUACAAUUCUGCCAUGCAGGAUGAGUACAGUGUUGGCCCCAGGAGCAUGCAGGACUUGAUGUUGGAAGGAGAUGCCAUUUAUGACAUUGACACACUCAACCCCAGUCUGAUUGACCUGCAGCUGCAAGGUAGCAUGUGGGAGGAGUUAAGGAAGGACAGCUUGGUGUCGGAUCCACAAGUUACCACAGCAGCCCUGUCCACUACACCUGCCCUGCAGUACUCCCACGUCCAGACAAGCUGCCUGCAGGUCACACCUCCUGUCAGUCAGACAUCAGAGGUGACUGCUGUCGGUCGAUGUAAAGCGGAGUACCAGGUCGAGAACAGUGGCAGUGGACCACACUUAGAGCAGCAUGGCUGUUUGAAUGGACUGCCUCCUGUGGUUUAUUCAGGAGUGGAGAGCUUGGCUGGAUAUCUGACCUCCUGUACCACAACCAUCUCUUUAUUGUAAAGACCUGGUGGCUGAUCUCCCUCCCUGACCCUUGAUGUACUAUAUUAACCUGAAUGGGAAAUAUUGUACCAAGCACCUUCAUGAGUAUUAGCUUGGUGGUUAUUUAACCCACCAGAUCCCCUGUUUACCACUGCAUGACAGACUCUGUGGAGGAACUAGUUACAAACAUAUUCACUGUUUGUAUCCACUGUGACCAAAUGACGAUGUUCAACUGAUAAAAAAUAAUAUAGCUCUUGUUAUAUCUUCUUUUUCUGUUUCAAUAUGCAUUUCUUCUCCCCUAUUUUUUAUUUGCAAAAGCAAAUAAUCUGCAUUAAAAUUGUGAUUAAAUUCCUUAUUGAAAAUGUUAUUGUUAAAUUUAUUUGUGAAUUUAGCUAUUUAUUUACCUUUUAUAAGCUGUAUUGUCACAUUGAUUUAUAAAUUUCACCUUACUGUGGUAGUAAUUAAUGGAGUUUUAAGUCUUUUUUAAAAAACAAACAAUUGUUUUAUUUGGUUAUUUGUAAUUCAAUUUUCCAAUCUAAUUAAAUAUGAAUUAGUAAAAAUGUUCAUCACUUUAUUGAUGCAUUCAUAUAUUUUACAUUUUUGCCAUUCAUAUAAUUCCUUUAGCCAGCUCAUAUCAGAUCAAUUGCUUUAUUUGUUAGCUAUUUCCAAAGGUAUACUUCUUUAUAAGACUUUAAAACAAACAAACACAUAAAAUGUUGGCGAACGACCUCUGCUUAAGCACCUGACUAUGAACUGGCUGCAAGCUAAAACAAACCAGCUGUAACUUGAGUCAACACAAGGGCCAAAAAGAAAACAUGUGAAUGCAUAAUUAUCUCUUUGAAUACGUUCAUAAUAUUGUAUUAUUUGUACUAAAAACAAACCUUUGAGAUUAUUUUUUGUUUAUUUCAGUCAGUGACUCCACUGUUAUGUGGUCUCUAGAUAAGAAAAGCUCUGUUUACACAGAAGUCCAACAAUGAUGAUGCUAUAGGUGGUGUCAUGGCAACAGUGCAGUAACACUGUUGUCACAGUAGAUGGCAGCAAACACUAUGCGCCCUACAGCUUGUUCCUCUGAUGCAACAGUCACAUCUUUUACUUUUGGUCCUCACAGUAUGUUUCCUACAUUAAUUAGGCCAAUACACAUCAGGAAAAACAUUGGAUUAGACGACUUGCAGACAUUAUUUUAAACUUACACUAUUUCAACAACCGCUGUUUAUGUACCAGUAAGGUCAUAAACUGAUUAAAGUGUUUUUUUUUUAAGAAGAGAUGAACAUUUUUAAGUUCCCUUCAACUCAAAUAUGUGAUUUUCUUUAAUGUUACUUCACUUGGAUGUUUGACCUCCACUUCAGGAUGAUCUGUGUGCAGAGUUUGCCACUCAACGUAAAUAUGAGUUUGAGUUGUGUCCCAACAAGAUUUUUUUUGAAGUAGGUGAUAUCUUGCUUUGUGUAGCUUAACUUUAAAAAUGAACAAUAUUUUAUUCAAGGAAUUUUGCAUGUAGUUUUCUCAGACUUCAAAUGCAUACAACAUAACUGGUGCGACUAACCCAUCAAAAAGAUCUAAUCUACUAUCUACAUGUAAAUCAAAUUUAGUAAAUUAUAUAAGAACAAACAUAGCUCUUGAGACCUGCUAAUACAGCUCAUGAAUGGUAAUCUUAUAUAAGCUAUUAUAAUUUAUCCAGAUGCAAAUUAUAACUACAAGCAAAGUAUGUUUUUAAUAUGUCUUAAAAUGUAAUUAAAAUUAUAUGUUAAUUCCCAAGCCUGUGUCUGUAAGAUAAAAUGUUACAUUUAAACAACUGAAGCAACGUCUGGCAACUUCAUUAGUUUUGGAAUAAUUCCACUUCUCCUCCCCAGUAAAUGUAAGGAAAUUAAGCUGACAAAAGACAACAACACAAUGCCAGCAGCAUACUUAAACUAUGGCUUUUAUUUUCCUUGAUUUUCAUUCAUUUAAUUUUGAGCGGAUAAGCUGUUUCUGGAAUUACCUUUGUAC